UGUGAUACAGUACGUUGUGGGCAGCCUCAUCAGAAAAGUACGAGUACUUCUUACCAACCUAUUGGAGCGGGUUGGCGUGAUUACUACACCCAGUUAUUACACCCUCUUCAUCACGCCGUACUCUCUGUCGARCUUAGCACCGAACGAUGUCAACCGAACCGGGCAACGAUCCAUCGAUGACGCCGGCACCACCAUCCACUACGUAUUACAUUCGUCACUGCGAUCCAAAUUCGACCGGAGAAGGCCUUGGAUCUCAUGCACGCAGGACCCUGUAUCCGUUGCUGCAGGUCGCCCUGCAUUUCGGUUGGACGGUGAUCUGGGAAUACGAUCAACAACCCUGUUGGAAGAACAACGAAUACCGAGAAUACUACAGCCAAGAAUGCAUGGAAUUGGGACCCUGGCUUGGAUUCGACACGAAASUUUCCGACCUUGACCGCGAUCGCACCAUCAACGUGCCCCUGCACAUAGACGGCGACGACGCCAGGUUUGGAAAUCUUCGGGGAGCUCCCGAACUGAUCAACUUUUGUCUGGAGGAGUUCAUUCGACAGCACGGCAUGGACCACUUUGUGGGUCGCCAGGAUCGGAACAGGGAUUAUCCGUUUGUCCUGGUUACUUUGUACGGAAGGUUUCAUCACCAGGACGACCCAUCCCCUCCCGUUCUUCAAUGGAUGCACAGGCGAUGUCGGCAGUGGAAGGACAUCGUACACCAACGACAACACGAAUCGUUGCUGCUCGAGAGGAGUAGCAUYGACGACGAYGRUGAUGMAAACGACAGGAACUGCAGCAGCAACCAUCAUGUGAUAAACACAACAAAMAUGACAAGAGUAUCCGACGAAUGUAGUAUCACAACGUUCGUUCCUCUAAACAUCGUGGUGCACGUUCGUGUUCCCGAAGACAUCUGUACCCAGGAGUGGAAGGAUGCCAAUUCCGUGUCUCACGUUCUMRCGGCACUCGAACAAUUCCUUCGCCAGUGGAACAAUAUCAGACACGAACAACAACAAAAAUCCAAAAAGAGUGGUUUGGAAGUCGUGGAGAAGUAUACAACCAAAUUACAGCUCGAUGUUUACACCGAAGAAUCUUUUACCCAAGCCAAAGAAGACGAAUUCACAGCAGCUCUUUCAGAGAUGCGUCUUCUUGAUCACAACGGCAACGACGAUAGCGCAGACCCAACCGCUUCUCCUGCCAUCAUUUCGCAGCUUCGAUUCCAUCGCCAAACACCCUUGCUGCCGUGCGUACAAUCUAUGGCGGUUUCGGACGUCUUCYUUCCGGCAUCCUCGUACUUGUCUUCGAUGGCCGCCUUUUUCCACACGUCUCUGAUCGUCCUGCCMAACGAAUCCACGCGRCACGAUCCGUAUUUCGCCACACACCUCAAGUAUCGACGAAAAUACCACYGCAAGGGUGUUUUGUCACGAGUCGAUGUUGAUACCGAAACUAGCGAUGCUUCGAUCUGUUCUGCAAAUACCAGCGGUGGUAACGAAUCGUCAACCUCAACAACAGCAUCCUCUUCUYAUGUUUGUCCAAUUGUCCGAGUGGAAGAGGAGGAGGAAUUGAAAGAAGCAACUCUCAGGCUAUGGCAGGGUAAGACAAGAUAAGAGUGACCAAGCAGAGACAGACAGCGUUCUUGAAACUUCACUGAUUGUCGAAUGUAGUUAAUCGUCAUAGCACUUGGUAGUUCUACUAGUCAUACCAGAGGAUAGUUAUAGCAAGUAGCUGGAAAAAGAAUUGGUAUACAUAGUAAUGCACAUGUMCUGUUAAGUUUUAAAAGAACAGAAUGGUGCACUGAUGGUACUACUAAUAGGUACAAGUAAAAGUGAGGAGUGUAU